AGGCAGUUAAUUACAGAUUUUGAUCCUCUCUGCGUCUUCCCUCCCUUACAACACACACCUUCAUCUCUUCUCCUUGCAUUACUGCCAAGAGAAUACAAACUUCACUUCUCUGUCAUCUGAGCAUCAUUCAAAAACAUUACGCGAUCUGUGCGUUAUCUCCUGACUUCAAUCAGGGCAGAGUUACAGGUCCUCUACCGGCGGGAGGGAGCAGCCCAACAAAAUCUGAAGACCCAAGACUUUCAGCAGCUGUGGCGAGCAGGGUAGGAAGCCACAAAACAUUGCAAGCUGAAAAGAUGUCUUAAUAAGCCUUUAGAUGUGAUCCAGCUGGCGGUCAGCGGCGGAGGAGGCUAAAGGGAAAAAGGCAGCAGGCAUUGUAACGUAAAUCACCGCAGACCCACUGAGCGUGACAGCUCUAGGAAGCUAAUGAUUUCUCCAGGAAAGAAUUGGCUGCAGCUAUCCUGAAAUACAAUGCGAUGCACAGAGGGGAGAACAGACCCCCGCAUGUCCUGAAGAUGGCAUAGUAACAAAGGCACCUUCCAAUGAUUGGGAGCAUCUUGACCUGUGGGUGCCGGCUCUGGCCAGUGGCUUCGUGUUGAGCUGAAAGAACUUGUCUACCACUUUCCAGAAAAUCUCUUUCUCUCCUAAUUCAUGAGCCAGCAGGAUGCGGUCGCUGCGCUUUCAGAACGCCUUCUCAUAGCUGCGUACAAAGGCCAAGCAGAGAAUGUGGUUCAGCUCAUCAACAAGGGCGCCAAGGUAGCGGUUACCAAGCAUGGCCGGACCCCCUUACAUCUUGCUGCCAAUAAGGGCCAUCUCUCUGUGGUCCGUAUCUUGCUGAAGGCUGGCUGUGACCUCAACAUCCAGGAUGAUGGGGACCAGACUGCCCUGCACCGGGCCACGGUGGUGGGGAACACCGAGAUCAUCUCCGCACUCAUCCAGGAGGGCUGUGCUUUGGACAGACAGGACAAGGACGGUAAUACGGCCCUGCACGAAGCGUCCUGGCAUGGAUUCAGCCAGUCAGCGAAGCUGCUCAUUAAGGCCGGAGCCAACAUGCUUGCCAGGAACAAGGCGGGGAACACUGCUCUGCACCUGGCCUGCCAGAACAGCCACGCCCAGAGCGUGCGUGUCCUCCUGCUGGGUGGCUCCCGCGCAGACCUCAAAAAUAAUGCAGGCGACACCUGUUUGCACGUUGCUGCGCGCUAUAAUCACUUGCCCAUCAUUAGGCUCCUCCUCAGUGCUUUCUGUUCUGUCCAUGAAAAGAACCAGGCUGGAGAUACAGCGCUUCAUAUUGCUGCUGCCCUAAAUCACAAGAAGGUAGUUAAAAUCUUAUUGGAAGCUGGAGCAGAUGGGACCAUUGUUAAUAAUGCAGGCCAGACUCCGCUGGAGGCAGCCCGCUACCACAAUAAUCCAGAAGUUGCUCUUCUCCUCACUAAAGCUCCCCAGGUUUUGCGCUUCAGUCGUGGGCGAAGCCUGAGGAAAAAGAGAGAAAGGCUCAAGGAAGAGAGGAGAGCCCAGUCUGUGCCAAGAGAUGAGGUGCCACAAAGCAAGGGUAGUGUCUCAGCAGGAGACACCCCCAGCAGUGAACAGGCUGAACUCAGAAAAGAAGAGGCCAGAGAAGAUUUCCUGUCGGCAUCCCCGGAGCCCAGAGCAAAGGACAACAUGAAGAGAAAGUCAAGGCCCAAGGUGUCAGCCUUUUCAGACCCCACUCCACCAGCAGACCAACAGCCUGGACACCAGAAGAACAUACACGCUCAUAACCGCCCUAAAAAGAGGAGCAGGCAUCGGUGUUCAUCCCCACACCCUCCCCAUGAGUUCAGAGCAUACCAGCUCUACACAUUGUACCGGGGCAAGGAUGGGAAAGUGAUGCAGGCACCAAUAAAUGGUUGUCGAUGUGAACCUCUAAUCAACAAGCUGGAGAACCAGUUGGAGGCAACUGUUGAGGAGCUAAAAGCUGAGCUGGGAUCUGUUCAGGAUAAAAUGAAUACAAAGCUGGGGCAUAUGGAGAAUAAGACCCAGCACCAAAUGCGUGUGCUGGAUAAGCUGAUGGUGGAGCGACUCUCAGCAGAGAGAACCGAAUGCCUGAACCGCCUGCAACAGCACUCAGACACGGAAAAGCAUGAGGGAGAGAAACGACAGAUGUCCUUGGUGGAUGAAUUAAAAACCUGGUGCAUGUUAAAGAUUCAGAAUCUGGAGCUGAAGCUUUCUGGAGAUUCUAGGGCCUCCAGGACUAAAUCCACACCAUCUACUUGUGAGUCCUCAACAGGUGUGGAUCAAUCAGUGGUGACUGCAGGUCCAGUAGCAGCUUCCGACAGUUCCCCUCCGGUGGUUAGGCCCAAGGAGAAGGCGCUCAACUCCACCGCUGCCCACAGACUCCAGCAGGAGCUGUCUUCUUCUGACUGUGCAGGUUCCCGACUGAGGAAUGUCAAGGUCCAGACAGCCUUGCUGCCUUUGAAUGAGGCAGCCAAGUGCGAUCAGCAGGGUGGACCCUGCGUCGACAGAGGCACCCAAACCAAGAAGUCUGGGAAAAGUGGGCAGACGAGGCAUCGAGUCCAGCCACCAGCAUCCAGCAACAGUGGUGGGCCGCUGCCACCACCAGCAGCAGGCAGCGAGCAGACUGCCGCGCAUGUUCGAGACACCUCCCAAGCCCUGGAGCUUACCCAGUAUUUUUUUGAGGCUGUUUCUACCCAGAUGGAAAAGUGGUAUGAAAGGAAGAUUGAAGAAGCACGAAGCCAAGCCAAUCAAAGAGCCCAACAAGACAAGGCCACACUGCAGGAGCACAUUAAAAGUUUAGGAGAGGAACUUGCUAAACUAAGGACUAAGGUGCAGAAGGAAAAUUAGGACCUGGGAAGUGGAACAAGAAAGGAUUUUUGAGGAUUUCUGGUUUUGCAACUGCAGAAUACCUUCACCCAAGGUGUCAAUUGUUGCGCACAUAGCAGACUUGCCUUUUAAAAAAAUCACUUCUUUCUUAAAUGUGCCAGACACAAGCUUCCUAUGCCCUGAAGUUAUGAAGACUUCAACAAUUAAACUGAAACCAGGGGAAGCUUGCUUAGUUUCAAGUUUCAUUACAAACUUCAAACCUCAGUCCAGGUUCAUCUGGAGUUCAAAAGCUCAGAUUAAGCGAGCCAUGCUAAGGAGCUGAAUGAUGUGUAAGCCUAAACCCAAACAUUCAGGAUGUAUGAAAUAAUAUAAAUCAAAAACAAGGAAUAAAUCAAUCCCUUGUGAAUUCAAAUCGAAUAGUCCUUCAUAUAAAUUUAAACAUACCUGCUGUGCCUAGACAAGAGUGUCUCUCUAAAAGAGCUGUAACUCCAAGAUGUGCUAAAACUUCUCUCUCAAAUUGCAGAUUCCAAAAUGCUGACGUUGUAACCAGGUAGAAACUUAUCAAACAAAUUUUGAGGAGAAAGAGAUUUUCAUGAU